UGUCUCCACCACUCAGCACGUCAGCAGCCAGCGACUCGGGCAGCGAGACGGUACGAUCAGUCACCAGUGUGGCUGUGGCCGUGGCCGUGCGUGGUGGUGAGCAAGCCUAGUCCCCAGUCAGCCAGGCAGCCUGCCAGUUAGGCUCUCGUGCUUCACUUCACAUUAAGGAGUAGCAGCAACAGGAGGAGGGGAAGCAGAGCCAUUAUCUCUUCUGAAGGUGGGAGUGUCGAGGAUCCAGCGAGGCAGCAGAUCAAAGACGGCGACACUGAAGGGAAAAAUAUCUUACUUCACUUCACUUCGUUAGCAGUAAUAAGAGGUUAAGAAGAGUGAAGGAGAAGUUUAUAGGUUCAGGAAUAUUUUCUGUCCAGUAUUUUUGGUACUGUCUAUAUUAAGAAGGAAAGAGAGAAGAAAGAAGGCGUAAAAAGAGGUAGAGAUAUAAAGGCAGAGGACAAGAAGGAGCAAAAGACGAUUGGUAACAGAAGAAGAAGAUAACGGAGACGAAGAAGAGAACGAAAAAUAGUGGAGAGAGGAAAAGGAAAAGGAAAGAAAUAGAGAUCAAAGAACACCGUCAAAAGAAAAAUAAUUGAAUGGAAAAAUAGACAAGUGACAACGAAGUAGGAACAUUUAAGUAGUAAGUCUAAGAACUCAAGAAAAGGAAAAACAACAACAACAACAACAACAACAAACUCCUUGCAACACCAGCGUUCUUCAUCACCACUUUCACCAUGGAUUUUGACGAGAUCCUGCCAGACAUCGGGGAAUACGGGACCUACCAGAGGCUUGUGUUGUGGUUCCUGCUGCUGCCGGGAACGAUGCCUUGCGGUUUCCAUGCUUAUAAUCAACUCUUCAUGGCUUCCACCCCUGAGCACUGGUGCCGCUACCCUACAACACUGGAUGGCGUGCCCCCUGACCUCGCUAGGAAUCUCAGCAUCCCUUACGACAAUACCACGCACCAGUACAGCCGCUGCCAGAGAUACGACUACAACAUCACACAGUACCUGGAGGACUACGGGAAGGCAGCUACCGGUCCUCCCCCAGGGACGCCCGUCAUCCCGUGUGACCAUGGAUGGGUGUUCAGUCAAGAUGAGCACGCCUCCUCGGUGGUGGCAGAUUGGGAUCUGGUGUGUGACCGGGGCUUCCUGCCCACCCUCGCCCUCGUGCUACUUGGAGUCAGCGGCCUCAUCGGGAACUACGUGUUUGGCUACAUUCAGGACGGAUGUGGCCGCCGCCCCGCCUUCUUCAUCUACCUAGUAAUUCAGUGUGCCUUUGGGAUUGGUACGGCCUUCACACCCUCCUUCAUCUGGUGGCUGGUGUGUCGCGUGGGCGUGGGCUUCACCGUGCCUGCCAUCAUGUCCACGCCCAUGGUCCUUGCCAUUGAGCUGGUGGGUCCCUCAAAGCGCACAUACACUACCGUGGUAAUGAAUGUGGCGUACUCCUUCACGCUCAUCCUGCUGGCUGGUGUGGCCUACCUGGUGAGGGACUGGGCGCAGCUCUCCCUUGCCACCACCAUUCCCUUCCUCUCGUUCCUCCUCUUCUGGUGGGUGCUGCCAGAGUCUCCCCGCUGGCUGCUGGCUAAUGGUCGUUUGGAUGAAGCCGAGAAGAUAAUGAAGAAGAUGGCCAGAGUGAAUGGCAAGACUCUCCCAGAGAACUACAUGGCCACUCUCAGGAGAAAAUAUGAAGUGGAGCAGUACAUGGCAGGCAAGGAGGAGAAGACCACCACGCAGAGGACUUAUGGAGUGCUAGACCUCUUCCGCAGCCCCAAUCUUUGCCGCAAGACCAUCAUCGUUACCUUCAUCUGGUUCACCAACACCUCAGUCUAUGUGGGACUGUCUUACUAUGCCCCGGCACUUGGGGGAGAUGCCUACCUCAACUUCUUCCUGGCAGGAGUGGCUGAGCUGCCCACUUAUCUGUUCCUGUGGCCCUCCAUGGAGUAUUGGGGCCGCCGUUGGACCCUCUGCUUCUCCAUGAUAGUGGGUGGCAGUGCUUGUGUGGCCACUGUUGUCACUCAGGAAGAUCCCACUGUGACGCUGGUGCUGUACUGUGUGGGCAAGUUUGGUAUCUCUUCUUCCUUUGUGGUGCUGCCCUUGAUGGCUUCUGAGCUGUACCCAACUGUUGUGCGAGGCAUGGGGCUCUCAGUGUCGUCUGUGGCAGGGAUGAUAGGGCCUGUAGUCAUCCCUCUCAUCAAUCAUUUGGGGUCAGAGAUGAUGGUGCUGCCUCUCAUCAUAAUGGGGGUAUUGUUGAACCUUGGUGGGGUGUUCUCUCUCCUGCUGCCUGAGACCCUCCACCAGCACCUGCCACAGACACUGGAGGAGGGGGAGGAGUUUGGCAAGCACUGGACCCUUUCAGACUACUGUACCUGCUGUCCCAAGAGGCCGAGCAAUGCAAAUAGCAGGACAGUGCCAACAAGCUACAGUGAUGGCACCCAUGAGGUCAACACCCUCCUCUCCAGCAAGAUUGAUGAAGGUAAAUCUGAAAAUGACCUGAGGAAGAGGAACUCCCAGCAGCAGCAGCUUUAUGAGAAUGGAAGGAAGAGUCAGCAAGUGGGUGAGGAAGUAAAUGAGGGAGAUGAAAGUGCAGGAAUUAACCAAAGUCUUGUUACUUCUGGCCCAAAGAUUACAGUUGUUUAGAGUGUAAGAAAUUAUGUCAGUUUGAAAGGAAGAUCAUGCCAGCUGUAUUUGUGAUCUACAACAUUAGGGGAUUAAGAAGAAUAACUGCCUUUGGGGCAUUCAUGGACAUCACAGUCUUCCAUCCUGAGGGAAAGGCUUGUUGACAUCUUGGAGACAAACAAGGAACACCAGUCUUUACCUGUAUGUGAGUUGGCCUUCUUGGGAAGUACAAGAAUAUGCACACACUUCUUUUGUUUAUGUAGUUUGUAUUUUCACUGAUACGUAAAGUUGGGCUAGAGAAUGGAAUUAACUAGGGCGCAGUGAAGUGCCACAUUUCUGUAAGAAUCUAAUACUAUAGUAGUAGAAUAAUUGUAGCAUUAGUAAGUGUUGUUUGUACCUGGUGUAACAAAGAGGUGUAGAGGGACCAUUAUAAUGUAUAGUCAGAUGUGUUAGUUUUCUUACAAUUUUUCUCUCAUUAUGCCCUCCCUCAACAUUCGUUCAUUGCCAUAUGGAUGAUUGUGAGAUGCGUUAGGAUUAUUCACAGAGUACCUGCCUGCUGUCUUUGAGGAGGGACAAAGAAGAAAGGAGGGAGGGCUAGUUGUGUGUGUGUGUGUGUGUGUGUGUGGGUGUGUGGGUGUGGGUGGUGAGAGAUAGAGAGCCUUUCCUUUUCCCUGCUUUUCUACUUUCUUUUUCCCACCAAAAAAAUAUAUCUAAUUUCUUACAUGACUGAAGGUUGGCAAAGCUUUGAAAUGGUAUGCUAAUUACAAAAGAAAGUAAUCAAGUUGCAUGAAUACCUCUUGGAUGCUUGAUUAGGGAAGCAUUUUGUAUGUACUGUAUUAUUUAGUUACUGUUUAAGGAGUGAAAGCUAUUUUGUGGGAAAUUAACUUUUUAAAUUCUGUUGGAAAUUCAAAAUCUGUAAUUAGAUGAAGAUAGGAGGAAAGCUUUCUUCUUUGUUUAUGACACAUGAGUGUUAGAGAAAUUGUUUUAAAGAGUCUCCUAUGAAAAAAUCACUUAUGUAUUCUCUUUCUAUAAAGGUGGAUUCACACGUGCCAAUUUGCGACUGAAAUUUUGCAUCAGUAGAGUUUCUGACUCAUCCCUUCUAGUCAGAAAGUGUCACAUAUAGCGACUGGAAAGUAUUAUCAACUAGUUGGCGCCUUGGC